AUGAACACCCCACGCUAUCCGCUUCACCCCUUGCGUGUGCAGGUGGCGACCCAUCUGGCACGGAGAUACGUGAGCCGCACCUCCAACACAAAGGCCUCCGCUGCGGCCGCGACAGGGCCAGCUGCAGAUCCCGCUCAGGUCUCUCUGGCUCGCAAGACGGGAGCCGGUCUGUCUUCUUUCUCUUCGCCCUUGGCAAAGCUCCCUCUAUCCUCGGUUCUGCGGUCCCUGUUGAUCCUCUCCGUCUCCUCGUCGCCAAUCCUUCUGAAGCCAUGCAUCUAUACGCUGUCCGUGCUAGCGAACCCCAGGUCCAGCCUGUUCGACGUGGCCAAGAACCCUCUUUUGAAUUCCCUGGUCAAACAUACCAUCUACCGGCAGUUCAACGCGGGUGAGAACAAGCUCGAAGUGCAGCGGUCCAUCCGUGACAUCAAGAGCCUGGGCUACAGAGGCGUUCUCUUGGGAUACGCCCGUGAACUUCUCGUGGGCGAAGGACAAGCCACGCCUCUGGGUGAGGAGGCCGAGCGUGCCGAGGUGAAAGAGUGGCUGGACCCUACGCUUCAGACGGUGGACAUGGCCCAGGAAGGAGACUUUGUUGCUCUGAAAUUCACUGGCAUGGGUGCGCAAGCCCUUGGCCGAUUGCAGCGGCAGGCUCCCCCUUCGGAAGCCAUGGAUGCAGCCAUUAAGAAAGUCUGCGACCUGGCUCUUUCCCGACGGGUGCGUUUGCUGGUCGACGCAGAGGAGCAGGCGGUUCAGCAUGGCAUCGAGGAGUGGUGCACCAAAUACCAGAAGUACUGCAACUCGCAGACCCCCAACCGUGCCAUCUUCUACAGCACGUAUCAGGCGUACCUGCGCUCCACACCGGCAACCAUCGCGAGGCAUCUGGAGAUUUCGCGCCAGGAGGGCUACACCCUUGGCGUCAAGCUGGUCCGCGGUGCGUACCUGAAGACCGAGCCUCGCCACCUGAUCUGGGCAGAGAAGGAGGAAACGGACCGCUGCUAUGACGGUGUCGUCGAGGCUCUGCUUACCCGUCGCUACAACGGCAUGCUGAAGCCUGCGUCGGAGAAGCACGCCACGGAGCUUCCCCCCGUGAACGUCAUCGUUGCUACGCACAACCGGGAGUCGGUCCAGAAAGCCCACGCCCUGCGCAUGCAGCAGGCUGCCAAGGGAGAGAACCCGCAUGUUGAACUGAGCUAUGCCCAGCUGCAGGGUAUGGCCGAUGAGGUCAGCUGCGAACUGCUGCAGGGCAUCAACGGUGCGGCCGCUGGAGCAUCCCCGUCGCAGGAGAACCCCAACGUCUACAAACUCCUGACCUGGGGCUCCGUGAAGGAAUGCAUGGGCUUCCUGUUGAGACGGGCGAUCGAAAACACCGAGGCGGUUGCUAGGACGAAGCAGUCGCAGGAAGCGAUGGCCAGUGAGUUGAAGCGGAGGGUUCGGAAGGCUUUCGGGCUUGCCUGA